GUUUCCUGUUGAAAAUGUCUGUGUAAUGUAGAUAAAUGUGAGGGAUUUUCUCUCUAAAUCCGUCUCCUGUUCGCUAAAUCUCACUUCUCCAAAACGAGCCUGCGCAAUGGAACAACGUGGGGAUAUUGAGAUGUGACAUUGCCCCGCAUCUCGUCCUCUUUCUUCCCCCGAUUUAUUUUUUAAUGACUUCAAACAAGUUGCUCAUUUUCGCCGGGCUUUGUCUUUUUGCGGAGAUCCGCGGUGAUGUCUAGCGCUGCUUCCUCUCAGUGGCAUUUAUGUGAUGUCCUCAAGGGUGCGAUGUGCUGUAUCUCCUGUAGCCACACCCUCUCACUACUGCUGUGCAUCCUCACCCUGACUCCGACAGCAACAGGGGCGGGCCCAGAGACCCUGUGCGGGGCGGAGCUGGUCGACACGCUGCAGUUUGUCUGCGGAGAGAGGGGCUUUUAUUUCAAUAAGCCAACAGGCUAUGGGCCCAGUGCAAGGCGAUCACAUGGCAUUGUGGAUGAGUGCUGCUUCCAGAGCUGUGAGCUGCGGCGCCUGGAGAUGUACUGUGCACCUGCCAAAACUAGCAAGUCAUCACGCUCUGUUCGUGCACAGCGCCACACAGAUGUGCCGAGAACACCCAAGGUCAGUAACCCGGGACAUAAAGUGGACAAGGGCACAGAGCGCAGGGCAGCACAGCAGCCAGACAAGACAAAAAACAAGAAGAGACCUUCAUCUGGACAUAGUCAUCCAUCCUUCAAGGAGGUCCAUCCGAAAAACUCAAGUCGAGGCAGCUCCGGGGGCAAAAGGACACCACUCAUUCCAGAUCUGAUUGCGAAAGGCCCUGCUACAUCCAGAUAAAUGUUUCAGUUUGAGUUUAAAAUGCUUGCUACAAAUCAUGAAUCUUGAGUCACAGUUUUUGAAAGUAAUUUGUUAGGAUCAGUAAAAGAUGUGUUCUUAAAUGAGCCAACUCAGAGACUAAAGCAGAAGACUAAAAAUGUUGGAACAAUGGCCCUUUACAAUGCUUUGCAAAACUGACCAUACCAUGUUUUGCAUUUUGACACUUUAAAACCAGAGACUUCAAUGUUUUUUUAUUGGGAUUUUGUGUUAUAGACCACCACAAAAUAUCUCAUGAUUGUAAAGAAGAAAAGCUAUAUGGUUUUCUGAAUUUUUUUAAAUAACUAUGUUUAUUGUGCAUUGUGAUCAGUCUCUCACUGCAAUGGAGUAUGUGUCUGCGUUGCACAUCUACAGGCCUAUUCUUCUUUGUAAAACACCUUAAGCUCAAAUUAUAUGGAGAGCACCUAUGAACAUCCAUUUUCAAGUUUUGCCACAUAUAUUUAUUAGAUUUAGGUCUGGACUUUGACUGUGUCAUUCUAAUACAUGAAUUUGUUUUUUUUAAUCAUACCAAUGUAGAUUUGGCUGUAUUGAUUUCCUUAUAUUUAGCUACAUCCAUCUCUGCAGCUCCUCCAGAGGCAUUUCCAGGCCUGUCAGUUUUUGUGGACAGAUUUUAUUGAGGUGUAGUUUUUGUUUAAAUACAUUUUUAAAAACCUUGCAUCGUUUUUCUUUCACUUCUCAAUUGUGCAGUACUUUGUGUAAUUCUGUUACUUAAAAUCCCAGUAAAAUAAAGUGAUGUUUGUGUUCGCAACAUGACAAAGCAUUGCCUUUUUUAAAAGAGUUAUCAAUUCUGUUGCAAGGCACAUUAAAGUUGUAUUAAACUACUUAUCAUUCCCUGAACUGUUAUUAUUUAAGGGAGGCAAAAACAUAAAAUCCUAAUACUUUUGGAUAGGAUUAUUUAAUUUGAUGCAAUGACAAGAGUACAACCAAACAACACAGCAUCCGUUUCAAAGUCCACUGGGAAGUCAUGCAGAAUAAACUGAUAAAUAUUGCCAACCAAUGUCUGACGGGGAGAUGCAGAAUUGGAUCAGUACACAAUUACUCUCACAAAGCAGCCACAGUAAAUAUAAAAAUAAUCCAGAUAUGACCAAGGGUCAAGAUCACCUUCACAGAUUUUGCAAACAAGCUAGUUCUAAGAAGUCAUUGCAUGAUAAUUGACAGGAAACAGAUUUUUCAUAUGGGCCUUCCUGAAACUGCCCCAAAUAUGGCUCAUAUCUGGCUCUGCCUCCUCUCUCUUUGUAUAAACAAACUGUACUCCCUUUAUGUUAACCUAUGCAUUACUAUCACUCAUUGUACAUGAUGGUUUCAUAUAACAAAACUGUAUUAAAAUUCCUAUCCACUGUAUAAUGGUGCUAUUUUAUAGUUUGUUACUUGCAAAGAGAUGGCUAAGACAGACUGAUGGCAGGGCUUACAUUGGAGGUCUUCCCUUUUGCACAGCCUUGUGGCCACCAUGUUAAUAGUGAUUUUAUUUGUAAGCAGUUUCAAAAGCGGAAGCAAGUUAAUGUAUCUGCGUGAACUCUGUGAAUGCAUGGAGAAUAAAACAAAAAAGAUAAAUAAAUAGACAAUGUUGUGGCCCCAAGAAGGCAAAAGGCAUUUUUUUCUAUUAUUCUUAAAUUAUUUUCUCAAUGUAAAUCCCUUUUGCCAAAUGUCUUGACAAACAUACUGGAAACUGUGAUUCUUCUGAUUGUGUUAAGAUUGUUAAAAGUCAUGGUGGGCUUUUGUCUGUCCAGAGUGUGUGUGUGCAUGCAUAUGCCUCCCUGGAAGCCAAAGUAUCAAUUAUUAAGAGUACUCAAAGUGGGAUUAUGCAACUUUCCCUAAUUUAACUGAUUACAAAUUGGGAAACCUAGAAUUUGCCUAUUGUUGUUCUCAGCAACUAGGAUAGCUAACAUAAGCUACAAAAGUUAAAUACAGUGUAUCCAUUCAAACCCUCUAGCAACAUGUUCACUAACAGAUAUUGUACAGUACACUGUAUGAGUGAAAGUACUUCAUUACUACAGUAAUAACCACUGCAGCCAUAAUGGAUUUUAUGGUUGAGGCCAGUUGAAAACCUCUAGGAAACCCAAGUUGCAACUCUAACAUGAACAUUCUGACUUAACGUGAUAGAACAAAAAUCUUAAUCUUCUAGCAACCAUUAGAUUUUGCUAAAGGUUUGUAUGACAAAAGGGAGCAUCAUAGGUCCACAUUUGUUAUUUUAUACCUGCCUCCUUUGCAGGUUUUUUUCUUUUUUUUUUACUCAUGCUGCAUUCUGCUUGUUUCUAAUAGUCAGAGCUCGGAUCUCAGAACAAUGUCACACCCAAGUUGACCGUGAUCUUGUUGCAAGUCAAUUGCUGAUUUUUUUGGCACUAGCUACUAUUUGCUGCACAACAUGAAAGCAUUGUAUUUUUUCUCAAUAUUACAUGCUUGUAAAGUAAAGGAACAUCUUCACAAAUAGAGGUUGUACAGUGUGUCAGUAGUUUCAUGUGAUCCAAACAGUAGAAGUGCAAAUAAAUGAUUUAAAUCUGAAACAUUUACUAUGUUUUAUUUUAGUGACAGCCAUACCGGAUACUGAAGUCAGGGCUGCCACAGUUAGAUUGCUGACUUCAGAGAGUGUUCUUGUUAUUAUUUGUUCCUUAAUUAUUUUUGCAUAAUAACAUGGCUAAUGUGUAGCCAAGAGACGUAAUAAAAUUCCACUCAAUAAUAUAAUUUAGUCUUGAUUAUGAGGGAAUGCAAAAAAUUGAAAAGUACGUCUGUUUAGUGGUUUUUUUGUCAAACAUAACACGGGAUCAAAGAUUUAUGUUUCAGGUAUAUUAGCUCAUGUUAACCUAAAACAUACAAUGGGAAAUUCAAGCAUAGAUUUGCCCUAAGCAGCCCCAAAUUUCAGGAAAACAAUCACAGGGUCUCUUAGAGAUUGAUCUAAAGGCAAACUGAAUAUGUUGGGAACAAAUUUGUUUAGUACUUUUCUUUGUCAACAGUGACAAAGGACCAAUAAUACUUUCAUAUCAGUUAGCAUGAGCUAAACUUGGCCAAAAGCAUGCUAGCUAUAGUGUUGUUUUGUUAACAAAAAAAGCCACAUACAUUCUGAAAAACUGGUUAAAUUAUCUGUGAUAUUUUGUCAGCUAAAAAGCUAUUUCCUUCUUGACAUCUACAUGCUAAGCUAAGCUAAGCUAGCCAGCCCCUCCAGCUGGUUAGCUUAUUUUAAAUUAGCUUAUUUUAAAUUAUAACGCAAAAGUUACGUUAGCUUAUGUUAGCAUAAGGCAUACUAGGUAAACUGUAAAUCAACAUUGCCCCUAGCAGCCUCAAAGAUAAGAAAUGAUUUAAAAAGCAACACAUAUCUUGAAUAUCUUUUACAGCUUAUUAAAAAACAUAAGUGAAACUGUCCUCUUUGGAUAUUUUUUGACCAAAGUAACUUCAAUUUCUUUCAAAUAGUACACUGCAUAUUCAAAUAAUAGUCUAAAGGUUAUUUAUAAAACAAAAAUACUCCACACUAAAAGUAAAUGGUUUAAUUGUGCCAGAAAGAUGUCUAUCAAUUUCAAUUAGAGCAAUGAUUUUUUUUCUUUUAGUCAUAACUACACAUACAAAUCAAGGGGUUAUAUACCUAAUAUCUGUAGUUUAGGGAUCUAGACCACUCAAUUAACUUUGGUAAACCGAUAUGAUUUCACUUAGUUCCCAUCCUUCAGUACAAAUUAAAUAAAAUAAUUAAUUGCUUGUUUUAAUUACAACCUUAGAGUUUUUUAUGCAUUGAUAAAUUAACUCUUACAUUUUUAUUAGAAUUUAACAAAAGUUGCAUCUUCCCACUUUCAAAUAAGAUAUGUUUUUAAAUAAUUAAUUGAGAAAAAUCUGACUUCAUUUUGGAAGUUCAGGAGCAGGAUCACAGCUCAAACACCACAUUUCUCCAAAAAUUGCAUGCAUCCCAUUGAAGUGGUCCUUGCUCGUGAGCUUCAAAAAAUAACAUUAAAGUGUAUGAGUCUUUUGCAAUGGUUUUUAAUGUUCUUUUUAAAAUAUCUAUUUUUGCCCUGGUGAGUAAGAUGAAGUAAAAGGUAGUUGGAGAAAAUGUGUUCUUCCUAGAUGUUUAGAUAUACAGUACAUACCAAAGACUUUUUACCCAUGAAAAUAUUAAUCUAGCAUGAUUUAAUUGUUGUCUCAACUCUACUGCAGUUUAACACAAUGUUUAAGUAUCUGAAAUAUCGCUUGUGUUGUAUAAAGUGAAACUGCAAAUGAACCAGACAGAAAUCCUUCUGUGAAUAUGGCAUAUUUUAAAGAGCAAACCACAGAAACAAUUUCAAAUCAUCCGCUUAUGAAUCACUCGAACAUUUCAAGCUGUCACUUCUGUGAAAUAAUCAAAAAUGACUCAAGUCAUUCAUGACUCCCUGAAAUGUUUAAUGAGUAAAUGUAUUUUCCUGAUGCUCACUGUCCAAGAAACUGUUUGAUUACAGCCCUGUUAUUUAUGGUGCUUGAUUGCCUUCUGUAGGAAAAAAAUACUGACAAACUGUUCACCAUUCCUGCUGAAUAAACCACUUGCCAACAUCA